ACCCAUAUUCUAACACCUCCUCCGUCUUGCCGUCGCAUGCGUUCCAAUCCUUCCCUCCCUGCCCUUCCCCAUCUCCGAAUCGAUCUCUCCUUCCUCCUACUGACGACUCCUCUCCUGCCGCCCUACCUCGCCAUCCUCUCUCGCUCACCUAGGGUUUGGAUUUGCAGCUCGCCGCCGUCGACAUGGACGACCCCUACAUCGACGAGGACGGGGAGCCGCUCAUGGACCCCGACGCGCGGGACCCCUCCCCCGAGCCGCAACCUUACGACGACCUCGAGGACGACCUCGGCGGCGACUGGACCCGCGACCGAUCCCCGACCCCCGUCCACGGAGACGACGGCGGGGCGGGGUCCUCCUCCAGGCCCCGGAAGCGCCUCCUUAAGAAGGGCGGGGGCGGGGGAGGCGAGGGUAUGCCCGGCGACGACGGGCUGGAGGACUGGGGGUUGGAGGACGCGGACGCGGACGCGGACCCGGACCCGGAGGCCGCGGCGGCGGCGGCGGAGAAUAAGAGGAAUGGCUCGUCGUCGCUGAGGGACCUCGCGAGGGGCGGGGGCAAGGAGAAGAAGGAGAAGAAGAGGAGGAGGGAGGACGACGGCCGGGAGAGGGACAAGGGGACAGUGAGGGAGAAGAGGGGCUUCGGAGGGAGGGGCUCUGGCGGUGGGGCUGGGCACCAGGAUCAGGAUGAGGAUGGGGAGAGGGAGAUCCAGGAGCUCUGGGAUACUAUUGCCGGCGGUGACUCAGAGGAUGACCAAGAAGGUGUUAGAAAUGUAGAUGAUGAUAAUUUCAUUGAUGAUAGUGGGGUUGAUCCAGCUGAUCGUUAUGGCAGUGAUAAUGAUCGACAUUCUCCUCGACAUUAUCCACAGGCAGAGGAGGGUGAAGAGGAUGAUGAAAUUGAGCGACUCUUCAAGGGUGGUAAGAAGAAGAAGAAGAAUGAUCGCCCACGUGCAGAUAUUGGUCUUAUAGUGGAACAAUUCAUUGCUGAGUUUGAGGUAGCAGCUGAAGAGGAUGCAAACCUGAAUAGGCAAUCAAAGCCGGCCAUUAUUAAACUGAUGAAGCUUCCACUGCUCAUAGAUGUUCUCUCUAAGAAGAAUCUUCAGCAGGAAUUUCUUGAUCAUGGGGUGCUCACUCUUCUAAAAAACUGGCUUGAGCCCUUACCUGAUGGAAGCUUGCCAAAUAUGAAUAUUCGAUCUGCUGUGCUGAAACUAUUAUCUGAUUUUCCCAUUGACUUGGAACAAUAUGACAGAAGAGAGCAGCUUAAGAAAAGUGGUCUGGGAAAGGUUAUUAUGUUUUUGUCAAAAUCUGACGAGGAGACUACUGCGAACAGAAAACUGGCUAAGGAACUGGUUGAUAAAUGGAGUCGACCAAUAUUCAACAAGAGCACGAGAUUUGAGGAUAUGAGGAGAUAUGACGAUGAAAGAGCCCCUUACAGGCGACCUCAAAUGAAGAAGCCUUCGUCAAGUAGCUCUGGAAUGGAAUCCAGAGACGAUGAUCUUGAUGCUGACUUCUCUCAACGUAGGUCUGGGCAAAGCAGUGCAAGGCAGCAUGCUUCUAGGCCAGAAGCCUCGCCUUUGGACUUCGUCAUUCGUCCACAGUCCAAAAUUGAUCCUGAGCAUAUAAGGGCUCGUGCUAAGCAGGCUGUCCAGGACCAGCGCCGGCUGAAGAUGAACAAGAAACUGCAGCAGCUCAAAGCGCCCAAGAAGAAAAACCUUCAGGCGUCGAAGCUCAGCGUGGAAGGCCGAGGGAUGAUCAAGUACCUGUAGACCAUCUAGCAUCCACUCUGGUAUCCUCAGCCAGCAAAUCCCCUGGGCAUGAUGAUUGUGACUGCAGUGGAUUGCUGAAUCCUACCACCAUCUGAGGGCAAAUAGCUCGGCUCUCAAUAAUUGCUUGGAUAAUCUAGGAUUCUUUAUCCAAGUAUUUUUCCUGCCUGGUAGGGUGCAACAGAUGUGCUUCACGACUUGAUGAUUUGGGCACUAUAUAUAUAGCAGAGGUGCACACUACGAUUGUGCGUGAAAAUAGUGUUUUCCAAGCUGAGUGGUGCCUUUAUAGUGUAUAAAAUGUUUGUUAUGUUUACAAAUUACAACUGGAUACGAUCGGGCUGUAAGUUCAGUUGUGUUGAAGUUUCACUCCUUUGUACUUGAAGAACGUUAUGUCUUGUUAUGACAUCAAAACAAAGUGCUACAACAGAUUAAUUGUUCUUAAUGGUUUCUGUAUACAAGAUUGUAACUCGAUAUUAAUAAAUUCUAAUGAUUCAUUUUUUUU